AUGCCUAUCUAUCGCCACAAAUUUCUGUUAUUGCAGAAGAGGCCUCGCACUAUCGAGAUAUUCCACAUCGAUCCCAUCCCUAUCAUCCUCCACGCUCCGAUCAUCAUCCCCGCAAACACAAACCGAUCCGAAGACCAGCAUCAGCUGAUCCUCCAGGUACCUCUGCAGCAGCCCCACCUCGUCUCCUCCGCCGUCCCCUCCGCCCUCUUCCGCCUGCCACCGUCGCUUCCGCCGCGCGAGGCGCCAGAUCUCGGCGGCGCACACGAAUGGGCACGCGGCGAGGACCAGCGGGACGAGGAGCGGGCUGCAGAGGAGCAGGACCAGGUAUCUCCACCGGCGGCGGUCGAGCCAGGACGCGAGCACCCGGGCGGCGGAGGAGAAGGGGGCGCAUGA